CAACCGGCAACCGGCAAAACCUCAAGUAAUCUGGUCCCAUGAGUGAUGCUAUAAUGCAAUAGAAACGUGCCAAAACUGUAUGAAAUAGGAGGUUCAGGUGGGUCUUCUCCAAAUUCAUGAAGUGGCUAGGAAAUUCAUGUUUCCUUAUCAAAACACAUGAUAAGAUCUUACUAUCGUUGUAGAACACGGGCAUCUAUCUAUCUGCUAUCAACCACUUCUCCGAAUCACUGCCCACCAUGUGGGUUCUUUUCAUCACUAUCCACCUCCCCCCAAUUGGUUCAAGAACAAGUAAGUUAUGUAGUGCCAACCUCCGAUUUGGAUGCUCAUAUAUGUGCUCGCUUUCUACAAAAUUGCAUUAUCAGCAGCAAUCUAGCCUUAGGAAAGACCCUUCAUUGUCACAUCUUGAAAAAAGGUGGUGGUUUGGACCUGUUUGGAUGGAAUAUACUCUUGAAUUUGUAUGUGAGGUCGGAGCUGUUGCAGGAUGCUUGUAAUGUGUUUGAUGAAAUGCCUAGCCGAAAUACAGUUUCUUUCGUUACGUUAAUUCAGGGGUAUUCAGAGUUGUUUCCACAUGUUGAAUCUACCAAAUUGUUUGUCAGGUUACAUAGAGAAGGUCACGAGCUUAAUGCGUUUGUUUUCACCACUCUUUUGAAGCUGCUUGUUAACAUGGAGUGUGCUGAAUUGGCUAGAAACUUUCACGGGACAAUUUACAAACUUGGUCAUCAUUCUAAUGCUUUUGUUGGCACUGCACUUCUUGAUGCUUAUUCAUCUUGUGGGUUUGUUGAUGAUGCAAGGGAAGUUUUUGAUGGUAUCUCUAAUAAAGACAUGGUAUCUUGGACAGGUAUGAUUACAUGUUAUGCUGAAAAUGAUUAUUUCGAAGAGGCUUUCAAAAUGUUUUCUCGAAUGCGCAUGCUAGGGUUUAAUCCCAACAACUUCACACUUGCAAGUAUAUUUAAGGCAUGUCUUGGCCUUGAGGCCGUUGAAGUGGGUAAGAGCGUUCAUGGGUGUGCUAUUAAGACUUGCUAUGAGAUUGAUGCUUACGUUAGUGUUUCGUUGCUUGAUAUGUAUACCAAGUCUGGUGAUAUUGAGGAUGCACGCCUAGCUUUCGAAGAGAUACCCAAAAAGGAUGUGAUCCCAUGGAGUUUCAUGAUUGCAAGAUAUUCUCAAAGUGACCGAUCUGACGAGGCAGUGAGACUAUUUUGUAGGAUGAGACGGGGACCUACUGUUCCUAACCAGUUUACUUUUGCUAGUGUGUUGCAAGCAUGUGCAACAAUGGAGAAUUUAAGGUUUGGAAAGCAGAUUCAUUGUCAUGUACAAAAAGUUGGUCUUUGUUUGAAUGUAUAUGUAUCAAAUGCCCUUAUGGAUGUUUAUGCUAAAUGUGGAUUCAUAGAGGACUCAGUUUCACUAUUCAAAGAAUCAAAAAACAGGAAUGAGGUCUCUUGGAACACUCUAAUUGUUGGCUACGUGCUUUUAGGGCAUUGGAAUAUGGCACUAACAUUAUUCUCCGAUAUGCUGAAAGAUCAUGUUCAGUUAACAGAGGUGACAUACUCCAGCAUUCUUCGUGCAUGUGCUAGCUUGACAGUCUUAGAGCCCGGCAUCCAAAUACAUUGCUUGACAAUUAAAACCUUAUAUGAAGAUGAUAUUGUGGUCGCAAAUGCUUUAAUAGAUAUGUAUGCCAAGUGUGGCAGCAUUAAGAAUGCUCGUUUGGUCUUCGACACCAUUAACAAAAGAGAGGUGGUUUCAUGGAAUGCUAUGCUUUCAGGGUAUUCCAUGCAUGGUCUUGGUGCAGAGGCUCUGCGUAUCUUUGAAAUGAUGCUUAAAACAGAUGUUAAACCCGAUCAAUUGACGUUCGUUGGUGUCCUUUCAGCAUGCAACAACACAGGUAUGUUAGACGAAGGUGAGACUUAUUUUACUUCCAUGUUACAAGACUAUUCUGUUGAACCUUGCAUGGAGCAUUAUACUUGUAUGGUAUCACUUUUUGGAAAACUAGGCCACCUUGGCAAGGCUGUGAAACUAAUUGAUCAAAUUCCUAGCAAACCUAGUGUAAUGAUAUGGCGUGCUUUACUUGGAGCCUGUGUGAUCCAUAAAGAUGUUGAACUUGGUGAGUUAUCUGCUCAGCGUGUUCUUGAGUUGGAACCCCAAGAUGAGUCUACUUAUGUGCUUUUGUCAAACUUGUAUGCCAAUGCCAAAAGGUGGGAUAGUGUAGCUUUGGUUAGGAAAAAUAUGAAGAAGAAAAGAGUGAAAAAGGAACCAGGACUCAGUUGGAUUGAGAAUCAGGGUAUCGUUCAUUAUUUUACAGUCGGUGAUUCUUCCCAUCCUGACAUUAGAUUAAUCUACGGGAUGUUGGAGUGGUUGAAUUUAAAAAGUAAGAAGGUGGGUUAUAUAUCCAACCAUGAUGUCAUAUUACUUGACGUAGAGGAUGAUGAAAAGUCGCGACUAUUAUGGGUACACAGUGAGAGAUUAGCUCUAGCAUAUGGCUUAGUUAGUACACCAUCAGGAUGCUCAAUUCGUAUCAUAAAAAAUCUCAGAAUAUGUUUGGACUGCCAUUCAGUCUUCAAGUUUAUAUCAAAGAUUGUGCAACGUGCGAUCAUCAUCAGAGAUAUAAAUCGCUUUCAUCACUUCGAAGACGGUGUUUGCUCUUGCGGCGAUUAUUGGUGAAGUACGGGAAAGUCUCAGGUCAUUGAAGGUGCUAUAUUGGCAAGCUUUUUGGUCAAUCUAAAGGUAUCUACAGACACGUUUGCAGGAGACGGAAGAUGGUGGCUCCUGUGAGGAGGAUAGAAAGUGUGAUGGUCGAGGUGUGAGGAAGGGCAAUCUGAGAAGGAUGUGGGAUGAGCAACCGAGGAUAGACACGGCGGUCUUAGAUAUGUUCAAGGACAUGAACUCUCAUAGGAAUGCUUGAAGAUGCAUGACUAGGAUAAUAGACUAGGGGUGGACACCUAUAGCUAGCAUAGACGAGAGAGGGAGUUCGAAAGGUAGAGAGUGGGGAGGUAGGAUUAGGGAGUCGGCAGAGAAGUUACAAGAGUCAUAAGAUAAACUAGGGGUUCUGUUCUUUUCUUACAUUUGGAAUGAUUCCUUGUAUCUAGUUUUAGUUUUGUACUUCUGUCAUCAUGUAAAUAAUGCAUUAAUUUGAUUAUGAUGUAAUGUUUUUGUUUGGCUCAAGAAUAAU